AUAUGCCUGUAACUUUACAGACGACUGUACUGUUAAACGUGUUCAUUUUAACCAGUUGAAUACAUUUAAAAUGCUAAUCAUGCUGCCCCGUAUUUUGUACGUUGCUGUUCUUUUGGCUUACAUAAGUCAGUUCAGUUGUAAGCACUUUCUGCCAGGGGCAAUUCUUGCGUGCUCAUGCGCGUCAAAUUCACUGAUUACUCCGAACAGUCACCACAACGUCUCCCACUUGUCACAGAUAUAUAUUUCAAAGUUUACCAUAGUGGCACGGUUGUAUAAUAUGAAUUAGAGUAAGAUGGGACAUGUUUUUAUUCUAUUUUGUCGCCCUAUUUAAUAGUAAACAAAAACUAUUUACUGAAUUAUGUAACUGUAUACCCUCACGCUUAAAAAGGGGUUGAAAAUCACGAUUGUUAAAUAUAGGUAUCAGAUGCUAACGGUAUAUCUAACUUCAACCCACAUAACUAUAAGUACAACUAUGUCUAUCAAGUGCCUACGUAGGUUUAAUAGCCUUAUACAUGAGCCAGUGCUUGAGUUAAUAUUUAACCUGGUUCUCAAAACGGGUUUUUACCAGAACUACGAUUACAUAACCUUUCGUGCCAAUAAACUGUAAACGAUUAAUUUUACAAUAAACGCCACUUAUUCAAUAACAGAACCAUACAAACAUUUUAUUUUAUUUUUUUAUUGCAAGUGAUAUUACUACCCUAGUUUAAACAAAGAUCGACGAUGGCUUUUUUCCUUUUUUUGAUUAAGUACAUCGCAAUGACCAAAAUGGGGUGAACUAAGCAAAAAAUAUACCCUAAUGUAAUAUUAGCUGUUGUCUUUUUUAACCAAGAUUUGCAUUUGCGUGGAUUUGAACCUGGUAACGCCGGUUCUCUAAAAACAAGGGGAAAUACAUAAUUUAUGAAUAUGCAUAUUCACUUCCUUUCGCGGUUUUAGAAGUUAGGCCCAGGUACAAAACUACGCUUUUAGAAAAAUUACAUCAUAUUUUAAAACAUGGGUGCGGAUGGGUCACGUUUAAAAUGUCGCCGCUAGGGCGUGCACGAUACAAGCGUGACACUUGUACGUAAAUUACGUAAAAAUAACAAUGGGGUUCGCUUUGGAGAAAUAACUUUUAACAUGGCAUGUGACAUGGUACACCUUCGUUUGUUUUUAAUUUUAAUUAAAUUUAUUAGCCCGUUUGCAUCCAGGUUAUUUCAAUUUUCUAAAACAGUGUAAAAUCAGGCGCGAACGAUUUUUGAUUGACAGUUAUUAUCAAUAUACUUUGCAUUGUACUAGUACAAGUACAAUUUACUUUCAAGAUUUAAAAAAAAAAUACUUUAAAAAUAAGUUUAAUUUGCUUUAUACAGGUGCUUUGAGGUUCUAAAUUUAAUUUUAGUUUCUUUUACGACUUGUUUAUUUUGGCCUUUUAUGCAAUUCUUUGCGAGACUGUUUUUAAGUUUCGCGGAAUCGGCUCUUUGGUGUCAUGACGUCGGCACAGAGAAUUGAGCCUGUAUUGUUCGCGAAAGAAUGAGCGAAUAAUUCGUGAUUGUGAGGUCGGCUUUGGUAUCAGUUUUACCGGAGUGUUAUCCGCCAUAAGCCCAAUAGUCCCACUUCAAUCUGUCAACAAUACCUGUAACUAGACUUAGAAAUAUGUUGAGUCGGUUUGGAGGUAUUGAAAUAAGUCCAUCGAAUAUGCAAAAAAUGUUACAAGUCCUCUGCGAUUUAGUGCGGUCGUGUCGCUGCUUAUCUCUUCUAAACAACUAGUUAUUGUUUUCGUUAUCUCGCAUCCGUUCAUUAUGUAAAAAAUACCCAAAGCCUCCUGUUAGGCGUAAUACUUUUGCCUCGUACAAAUUAAGUUAAUAAGUUUCUGGGCGUACGGACGCCGCAAAUUAGUCAUGUUGCGACCGCGUACCCCGAUUUUCGGGAGCGGCAACUGUGCUGUUGGAAUUAUCUUUAUUACUGCGAGAGCUAUUAAUUUUAACUACCAUAUUUCGAAUACAUUGGUUUAUAUUUAGACGCGAACGGGCGGGCGUAGGCCGCUCGGAAUUAUGAUUUAGCUGUUAAACGCUUGGCCGAUUUCGGUAAAACUCCGUAUAUACUUUGAAAAUAUGAUAAAUAAAGUUGUUGAUUAUUUUAUAUUGGCUUUUUUAGCAUUAAAUUGCUCGCGUUGAAUUUGCAUUGAAACCAAAGCGUUUAGCAGCUGUUUAUAGUUGUACAGGUUCCGUAGUUGUCGUUUUCUCUUUACACUUAAUUUAAAAGCGUCUUCUUACCAUGUACAUGUAAAUGCGACACACACAACUUACGUGAAUGUGCUCCCGUUUACGCACUUACGCAGCUUUGCUUUUAACCCCGAGAAAAUGCCAAACUGUGACCAAGCACAGCCCAAAAUAGCUUAUUAAUUACACCUCAUCGGCGACAGUGUAAGCGAAGCAUAAAAACUACUCGACGAAAAUUGUCCGUGGCUAUCUUACGAAAAUGAUUGACAAGUACGUGUUUUGACGCCGCGGGCGAGGUGUUUUAUCUGUUAUUGUUAUUUCUGCAGGGUGUGUUUAUGUUCACAGUGGAAAGUUUCAAAUUAAUCAUCAGUUUUCUGAGGCACUUAUUCGCGAAUUUAUUAGAAUUGCUCGAAAUAACAACAUAAACAAACUCCGCAACGUCAGAGGAAAUGAAAUUAAAAAUAUUGGUUCGUAUUUUCUGCUGUUAAACAAAAUCGGUGAGCUUUUAAUCGGAUCGCGGUUAACGAGAUGAUAUUAGAAUUCAGUGUUCGCGGUUUGAGCAUGACUAGUUUAUUUGAAACGACAAGCUACGACGUCAUGGGUAUGAUCCGUUCAUGUCACGUUCAGCCGGCCUUGACCCUGUUAAAGAGAACCACCGAUCUCCAUAACCAAAACAGCGGCAGCUUCACGGAAGAGCGAUGCCCAAGAAAACCUAGAGAGCGGCGCCGGCUGGCGCAUUUUAUCAAGCGUCGACCAGAUUUCACAACGACUAGAAAAAUCUUCAGAAGAUGUUGCGAUCCCAUCCUCCACCUCUCAUCCAUGCUGCAGACCUGUUCCACCUCCGGGGAAGCAUAACUCCCAGUGAGUCUGGAGACGAUUACUUCUUCCAGAAAGGACUGACUGCAUCAAGUCCUCCAAGAGAUGAUGAAGAUCAACAACAAGAUCACCGCAGUGGUUACGAAUCACCAAAACUGGAGAGCCAGGACCACCCCCUGAACCUCAGCUGCAGAAACAAACGAAUCAAGUUUGACUCGGACCAUAAAGAUUUCGCAUUCAAUGAUUGGACAACAGGGACGCAUUGUGAGAAGAAACAAGCAUCUGACCCAGCUCCUUUAUUCGCACGUUCAGCACAGCAGGAAGAGGCAGAAAGAGCAGUUUUAUUGUACCGAGCCCAGAUGAUGGCGUCCAGCGAUUUUAUCCGAGCGAUUUUGAAACGCAAAUGGGAAGAAGAAAUGGCACUAAAAGCUUUCCAACAACAAGUCGAAGAAAAAUCAAAAUCUGUUCCUUUCGCAGUAAAACAUCUCAUGAAUCACCAGUUUAAUUAUUUGCCGUACAACAUGCUUAAUUACGCCUCACACUUAGCGCUAAGAGGUUCCAGUUCUCCUAGAGUUUUCACGAACCCAAUGCACCCAAGCUCCUCCGUAACUAUUCCCUCUCCGCCUAACUCCCCCAGCAAAGAGUUUGACACAAAACCAGCGGCUAAAAUCAACCUUAUAAGCGACCGUUACCCGAAAGUUAUUUGCGAUUCUCCUCCAAGUUUGAUAAAAGAAAACUUCGACACCCCGCCUUUCGACAGCUCUGUCUCUCCAACGAUUUCUCUGCCAGAGAUGCCUUUGGAUAAGAAGAAGCGCAAGAAAGAGAAAAGCCGAGUUCGAGCUAGUAGCAGCAAUGCCGAGAUGUACCACUGCACCAUAUGUACUGCCUCCUAUCCGCAUAAGUUUGAGCUAAACCGGCAUGUUAAAGUGAGCCACGUUCGCCCUCACCGUUGCACCCAAUGCGGCAAGGGCUUUGGUCAUCGCAACUACUUAAAGGUCCACAUUGAAACCGUGCAUAUGGGACGAAAAACACAUCAGUGCCGACUCUGUGGCAAAUACCUCUCAACCGGCGGCAACCUUAACGUCCACGUUCGUACAAUACACCUUGGCGAGAAGAAAUACAACUGCCCGAUCUGCAGUAGAAGUUUCGGCCAACAGUGUAACAUGAAAACCCAUAUGAAACGUCACUUUUCAAAAAGCGAUGACAUCUAGGCCCUACCCUUCUCAUGUGUGCAUUCGAAAAUGGCCUCUAUAUGGUGGUUUGAAAAUGUUAUGCUACAAUCUUUGAGAUUUCUUUUGUAAGCAAGCGUAUUCCGGCCUCGCGGAUCAAAAAUUGGAGGUUAUCAAAAUAACUCAAACUGAAAAACUUUACGCCAUAGGCAUGAAACACCUAAAUAUACCAUGUUUAAUCGCUAUAUGCGUUCAUUGCCACGGUUCCGGUCGUUUUGUGGAAUGCCUAAAUAUAACAUGUUUGAUGUUAUAUGCGUAUAUUACCACGAUUGCAGUUUUAGCGCACAUAACGCAUGAGUUCCUAACGGAAGCUGUGAUUUCAUUAAAAGUUCCAAGUAUGUCGUCUAUAACGCGUGUUUUUGUAAAUUAUCUUUUCUUAUUAUUUAUAUAUUACACGAAAUAAACUAAAAAGAAUUGUGA